AUGACAAAGUUCGACGCUGCUUUCAAAGGUUUUAGUCUGAUUCUGUUUUUGGGUAUGAUCAUUUUUGUCGAUGGACAUAAAUUUCAUCCACACCAACAAAUCAUGUACGCCGCGGAAAAUCGCGCAUUACAAGGGUUUGAAUAUGCAACCAAAAAUGUGCAAUCUCGUGUCAUCUGCGGGCGGGAAUGCAGCAUGGAUGAAAGUUGCAAGUCGUUUAACUUUAACUACUGCAGUAAACUGUGCGAGUUGAACCUUGCCACAAGACGAGAGCAUCCCGAAAACUUCAAUGCAACUCAAGGGAGUGUGUACUUUGAUGCAGAUGAGAACACACCUCACUACUCAAUGACUGAUGGCUCCUUGAAUCGUAACAGAGGUUGCAAGAUGCUCUUAGAUGCCGGUUAUCGUUCAAGCGGUAUCUACACAAUCUACCCAGAGGGAUUCGGUGAUAGCGGUCUUCGUGUCUACUGUGACAUGGAAACUGACGGCGGAGGAUGGAUCGUGUUUCAGAGGCGACAAGAUGGCAGUGUAGACUUCUACCGUAACUGGACCGAGUACCAGUCUGGCUUUGGCGAUCUGUCGGGUGAGUUCUGGUUGGGCAAUGACAACUUGGUGACUCUGACGUCUGAUGAUUCACUAGGAACUUGGGAGCUACGAGUUGAUUUAGAGGACUGGGAUGGCAACACGGCAUGGGCAAAGUACUCAGAUUUCAAAAUAUCCUCGGGUGAGUACAAUCUGAUUAUUGGCAAAUACUAUGCCAGCAGCACCGCCGGUGAUGACUCUCUUAGGCAUCACAGAGGAAGUCCCUUCUCAACAAAGGAUCGUGACAAUGAUCGUGCAACGUACAAAUGUGCACAAUACUUCCACGGAGCCUGGUGGUUUAAUGUUUGUUUGCACUCCAACUUGAACGGUCGAUAUUACCCCAAUAAGCAUGUAACAGCUGGUGAUAGGGGCGUGCAUUGGUAUUACUGGAAAGGCUCUUCCUAUUCUCUGAGAACCUGCCAGAUGAAAAUGCAUUCUUCUACAAUGGCAAAACUGUACGCCGGUCUCAAAGUUUGUAAUCUAAUGGUACUUUUGGAGGUGGUCAUUUUAGUCAGUGGACAUCAAUUUCAUACACGGCAACAACUCAUGUACGCUGCAGAAAAUCGCGCAUUACAAGGGUUAGCAUAUGCAACCAAAACUGUGCGAUCUCGUGCCAUUUGCGGAGUGAAAUGCGGCAUGGAUGAACGUUGCAAGUCGUUUAACUUUAACGACUACAGUAAAAUGUGCGAGACGAACCUUGCCACAAGACGAGAGCAUCCCGAAUACUUCAAUGCAACUCAAGGGAGUGUGUACUUUGAUGCAGAUGAGGACACAUCUCUCUGCUCACUGACUGAUAGCUCAUUCAAUCGCUACAAAAGUUGCAAGAUGCUCUUCGAUGCCUGUUUUCGUUCAAGCGGUAUCUACACAGUCUACCCAGAGGGAUUCGGUAAUGGCGGUCUUCGUGUCUACUGUGACAUGGAAACUGACGGCGGGGGAUGGAUCGUGUUUCAGAGGCGACAAGAUGGCAGUGUGGACUUCUACCGUAACUGGACCGAGUACCAGUCUGGCUUUGGCGAUCUGUCUGGUGAGUUCUGGUUAGGCAACGAUAAUUUGGUAACUCUGACGUCUGAUGAUUCACGUGGAACAUGGGAGCUACGCGUUGAUUUAGGGGACUGGGAGAACAACACGGCAUGGGCAAAGUACUCAGAUUUCCAAAUAUCCCCGGGUGAAUACAAUCUGACUAUUGGCCAAUACGAUACCAGCAGCACUGCCGGUGACUCUCUUGGGUAUAACCGCGAUUAUGCUGCCGACAGGUUUCACAGAGGACAACCCUUCUCAACAAAGGAUCGUGACAAUGACGCGGUAAAUCAUAGUUGUGCACAAAAAAACACAGGAGCCUGGUGGUUUAAUCGCUGUUUUAUCUCUCACUUGAAUGGUCCAUAUUACCCACAAGGGCAAGUAGGACGUGCCGAGGGCGUGCAAUGGGAGAGAUGGAAAGGGUAUAACUAUUCUCUGAAAAAGUGCAGCAUGAAAAUGCGUGAAUUGGGACCGUGAAUAUUGUAUAAGUUGCAAACACGGCACUA